AUGGCUACUCCCCCUCUCACCUUGCUUUUUCUGUUCCUCUGCCCAGCAAUAGUCCUGGCAAUUGCUAGCCCCGCUGAAAAAACAGGACCCAAUCCGAAUGAAACGAUUGUUGCACGCGCACAAGGCUUCCAUCUCCAGGCUGGUCAAACCGCCACUAGUUGGUACACUUCUCAGAUUAUAGUGUUUCAGGACGACAGCAGUUUUGCAGGAUCCACACUCGAAGUGUUAGGGAUUACUCUCCCUCCCAGACCCUCGGGUGGUCAGUGGUCCAUUAUGGGUGGCACCGGAACAUUUACUAAUGCACAUGGUAAUAUCAAGUACAACGAUGUCCAAAGUACCGAGAGCAGCAUCACUGAUGUCGUAAAAGAGCUUGAUAUUGAUAUAUUCUACACUCCAGAAAUAUCAACAUAG